UAUGGCGUCUGUGCCCCGUCUGCUGAUUUGCAACCCGCCGAAACAGGAUCGGUGAAGAAGGAGACCUUCGAUCGGUUCGCCAUGGACUGUUCUAGGAUCAGUACGGUUUAAAUACGACUCUAACCAUAGAGCGAUACAAAUUUGCAUUUAAAAAGCUGUUCGUCAUUGUGCUUGUGAGAAAAAGAUGGAUCCAUCUGCUGGUAUGCACAUGUCUGCUGUUCCCCAGAACACUGAUAUCGUCCACGUCUCUGUCGGGAACCCCAUUAUAACCAUGUAUCAGCCACAACCGCAGCCUCCAAACAUCGCACAAAUCAUUGCACAGCACGUGGUACCUCAAGAAGUCUCCUGUCACGCUGUACCGCACACGAUCCCAUCGCACGUCCAGAUGCAAACUCACAUCCAGACUCAGUCACACAUCCAGCCAGCUCCACAUCUGCAGACUCCACUGCAAGGCCACGUGGAAGCACAGGUGCAUAUUCAGACCCAAGACCACUUAUCAACACAAGGUCCAUCAGAAGGCCAGAGUGCCGCGCCGUCUCAAGAUGGUGCAGUGAACUCACUGCAGGUUCCUUUUGCAGAGGUAGCCUCCCUCCUGGACCCUAACAUGAAGAGCUCAAAAGCCCGCAAGUAUCAGAUCCAUUACGAAGAGGUGAAGAGGAGACUGGAGUCGCCUGAGAAGAUGUCUCUCCGAUCUCUAGCUGCUUAUACAAGAGUGAGUCGAGGUCCAGCUAGUAAGAAAACACUCUUAGAGUCCCUAAAUGUCUUUGGACUGUCACCAAGCACCAAUACAGCAGUGUCCAGUUCCUUUUCUAAACUAACUGAAGGGGACACAGCUGCCCUGUGCAAAGACAUGAAGGAUUUUGCAAUGCAAUAUGUUGAUUAUGAGAAUAUGGCGAAACAAUUGCUACCAGAAACAAACCAAGUACAGCACUGGUCAAAAAUCAUUGAAACAAGGAACUAUCUAGGGGAGAUGCGGAAGACUUUUAAUGACCCUGUGAAUACACGUUUGUUCUCCAAUGUUACACAUGGUCUUGGUAACGGCAUGAUGGACGUGGCUCUCGAUAUCAUAGAUAACGUCAUCGACCGACAAAUCCGAAUCCUCUCAGGAAACACUGACCCCAAACCCGAACCUCCAGUGAGAAGAAUAAGGAAACGUAACCGCAAACCCAAAGCCACCACGGAAGAUGGCAAACCUAAAGAAAAGGGCAAAAGGGGACAGAAGAAAGGCAAACAGAUGCGGCUGGAUUCUGUUGUUCCUGAAGUUCAGCAGUCCUCAGAGAUGGAGAGCAGCGUGUUAACACUAGUCUCUGUAGGAUACGAAACCAUUUCCAGUGGACUCACCACCACCAAUCCAGGUCUUGUGUAACAUCACUGAGAGACACUGAUUUCAGAGUGCAGACAUUUUUCAUAGAAAGUUUUAGUUUUAUAAACAUUAGACUUCUCCUUCUCUCUGAAUAUAUUUUGGGGGUUUUUUCUCACAAACUGGUUGAUCAAGAAAAUAAUGUGGGUCUGAGAAGAUGUUUUGAUUUAUACUUUACCAAUCGUGUGUCGCUCUCAAUCUUUUGCUUUGUCAUUUGUGAUAAAGAAAAAUGUACACAGACAGUGUAUUGUUUUUUUAAAGCACUAUGUUAUAUCAUAUAUACCAAUUAUACCAAUAUCAGUUUCUCUUAGUCUCAUUUUAGGAUUUAAUCUCUGAAGUGUUAUUUGAUUCUGUUUUACUUAAUCCUACAAACCCCAAGCAAUUUAGUUUGAGUAAGAACAUAUCUUCUCUUAAUUUUUCAGACUAUUUAUUUCCUUUUUCUGUUUGUGUCUGAUAUGUGGUGUCUGUGAAUGACUGUAGCCUGUACUCUGUAAGUUUUGAAGAUUGUUCGUCAUGUGCUUGAAUUAAAAGCAUUACCUUUUUUAAACAGUUUGUAUACUUAUUUUUUUUUUUAUUGCUUGCAGAGCGUGAAAGGAUCCAAUCGAAUAAAAGCCUGAAAUGUA